AUGGCUUCUUCUUCCUCCUGUAUUAAACUCUUCUUAAUUGUUGUGCUAUCAGCCUUUUUCUUGGUUUCCAAUGUGGCCACUGCGAGGCCGCUCUUGAACUCGAGCUCAUCGAAUCUCAGAGCACGACUGAAAUUGGUUGUUGGGGAUGAUGGUGAUCAGGCAUCGAAUUGCUGGGACUCUUUAAUUCAGCUUCAAGCGUGCACUUCAGAAAUCAUACUCUUCUUUAUGAACGGGGAGACGUACCUCGGCCAUGGAUGCUGCGAAGCCAUUCGUAUAAUUGUGGACCAGUGCUGGCCGAACAUGAUGGAUACUCUGGGUUUUACUGAUGAAGAGGGAGAUAUCCUCGAAGGCUAUUGUGACCGUGAAACGUCUCCUCCUCCGCAAGAGGCCGUUGGGUUGUCUAGGGUUUCGACUGUGAGGAUGAGGACUCUGGUUCCAUGA